CGGCGGUGGCGGCGACGGCGCCUGCGCGGCCGGGCUCGGCCCCCCGGGCUCUUUGUUUAUGUGCGUGCGCGCGAGUGCAGACCCCUGAGUCGCCGGGUCAGCCGCUCUCCUCUCGUUCUCUGCAGUCAAUUCCUUCCAGAAACUUCCUGCCGCCCGCCGCAGUCACCCUGGGCAAGGGCGCGCUGGCCGGGCAGUGGCCCCGCGCCUUCUGCGGCGUCUUACGGCCCAUCUCGCGACCUCCUCCUCUUCGUCCUCCCGAGUUGGUUUCAUUUGCCAUCCUCCCUGCGUCCAGGUGUUCACUGCUUUAUGCCGAUUCUGUUGCAUCGCGCACCCCAACACCUAGGAAAGCGGGCGUGAACCUCUGGUGGAGUGGGGUUCGGUUUAUACAGGUUGCGGGAAGAUAAAACCCUAGGAGGCUGAUCCUUUGGGAGAGAGUUUGCCAGCCUUUGGUGUGUACUACCGUCUUUGGGAAGUCAGUGACUCGAACUGCAUUUUUAAGUUACAACGUCGAACAAGGCUCUGAUUGCUGUUAACUCGUUCCGGCCCUGCGAAAUGUUAUGAACAGAAGCAAUACAAAAAUGGCCUCAAGUUUUGCAAGAUGAUUCUUUCAAAUCCAAAGUUUGCUGAACAUGGAGAGACCUUGGCUAUGAAAGGAUUAACACUGAACUGUUUAGGAAAAAAAGAAGAAGCCUAUGAAUUUGUUCGUAAAGGCCUUCGUAAUGAUGUCAAGAGUCAUGUUUGUUGGCAUGUGUAUGGACUUUUGCAGCGCGCUGAUAAGAAAUAUGAUGAAGCUAUUAAGUGUUACCGCAAUGCCCUCAAAUUAGAUAAAGAUAAUCUGCAGAUUUUGAGGGAUCUCUCUCUGUUACAGAUCCAAAUGAGAGACCUUGAAGGUUACCGUGAGACAAGAUAUCAGCUUCUUCAGUUGCGCCCAACACAACGUGCUUCCUGGAUUGGAUAUGCUAUUGCAUACCAUCUGCUGAAAGAUUAUGAUAUGGCACUAAAACUGUUGGAAGAAUUUAGACAAACUCAGCAAGUUCCUCCCAACAAAAUAGACUAUGAAUAUAGUGAACUGAUACUGUACCAGAAUCAAGUGAUGAGGGAGGCAGAUCUGUUUCAGGAAUCUUUGGAACAUAUAGAAACAUAUGAGAAACAAGUAUGUGAUAAACUUUUGGUGGAAGAAAUUAAAGGGGAAAUGCUGUUGAAAUUGGGAAGAUUAAAAGAAGCGAGUGAAGUAUUCAAAAACUUGAUUGAUCGGAAUGCAGAAAAUUGGUGUUAUUAUGAAGGCUUGGAAAAAGCUCUCCAACUUAGUUCCUUAGGACCUUUUCUCCCCCAUGGCACUUUAGAAGAGAGGCUUCAGAUUUAUGAAGAAAUUAGUCAGCAGCACCCCAGAGCAAUUUCACCUAGAAGAUUACCUUUGAAUCUUGUCCCAGGUGCAAAGUUUAGAGAACUAAUGGAUAAAUUCCUGAGGGUUAACUUCAGUAAAGGCUGCCCACCCUUGUUUACCACGUUGAAAUCUCUAUAUUACGACGCAGAAAAGAUUUCUAUAAUCCAGGAGCUUGUUACUAACUAUGAAGCCUCUCUUAAAAAGUGUGACUUAUUUAGCCCUUAUGAGAGUGGGGAGAAAGAACCCCCAACGACACUACUCUGGGUUCAGUAUUUCCUGGCACAGCACUUUGAUAAGCUUGGGCAGUAUUCUUUGGCUUUGGAUUAUAUUAAUGCUGCAAUUGCUAGUACUCCAACUCUAAUAGAAUUAUUCUAUAUGAAAGCAAAAAUUUACAAGCAUAUAGGUAAUCUCAGAGAAGCUGCCAAGUGGAUGGAUGAAGCUCAGUCUUUAGACACAGCUGAUAGAUUCGUCAACUCCAAAUGUGCAAAAUAUAUGCUUCGAGCAAACAUGAUAAAAGAAGCAGAGGAAAUGUGCUCCAAGUUCACAAGGGAAGGAACAUCUGCCAUGGAAAAUCUAAAUGAAAUGCAGUGUAUGUGGUUUCAGACAGAAUGCAUUUCAGCAUAUCAGCGUUUGGGAAGAUACGGGGAUGCGUUGAAAAAAUGCCAUGAAGUAGAAAGGCAUUUUUUUGAGAUCACCGACGAUCAGUUUGACUUCCAUACUUACUGCAUGAGAAAGAUGACCCUUCGUGCCUACAUUGACCUUUUGAGACUAGAGGAUGUACUCAGGAGACAUGCCUUCUAUUUCAGGGCUGCUAGAUCAGCUAUUGAAAUAUACUUGAAAUUGUAUGAUAAUCCCUUAACCUGUGAAAGCAAACAACAAGAAAUAAAUGCAGAAAACCUGUCAGCCAAAGAACUGAAGAAAAUGCUUAGCAAACAGAGAAGAGCGCAAAAAAAGGCUAAAUUAGAAGAAGAGAGAAAAUACGCGGAAAGGGAACGUCAGCAAAAAAAUCAAAAGAAGAAAAAGGAUGAAGAAGAAGAGGAAACUAGUGAUCUCAAAGAAGAACUUACACCUGAAAAAUUAGAAAGAAUAGAAAAUCCGUUAGAAGAAGCUAUCAAGUUUCUUAUACCUCUUAAGAACCUUGUUGCUGAUAACAUUGACACUCAUCUAUUAGCAUUUGAAAUAUAUUUUAGAAAAGGGAAGUUUCUGUUAAUGCUGCAGUCUGUCAAACGAGCUUUUGCCAUCGACAGUAAUAACCCAUGGUUACAUGAAUGUUUAAUUAAAUUUUCUAAGUCUGUGUCUAAUCAUAGUAAUCUUCCAGACAUUGUGAGCCAAGUUCUAUCUCAAGAAAUGCAGAAAAUAUUUGUCAACAAGGAUGUGGAAAGUUUUAAUGAGGAUUUUCUCAAACGCAAUGCUACCUCCCUUCAGCAUCUCCUUUCAGGUGCUAAGAUGAUGUAUUUUCUGGACAAGUCAAGGCAAGAGAAAGCCAUUGCUAUUGCCACCAGACUGGAUGAAACCAUAAGAGAUAAAAAUGUAAAGACUUUAAUAAAGGUUUCUGAGGCACUGCUUGAUGGGAGCUUUGGGAACUGUACUUCACAAUAUGAGGAAUACAGGGUGGCCUGUCACAACCUGCUGCCUUUUACGUCUGCUUUCCUGCCUGCUGUGAGUGAAGUCCACGGUCACAGUGCAGCCCGAAACCUCACAGCUAACUCUGAUGUCUUGGCAAAUGAAAUUGGAAAUCUCACAGAAAGCUGACUCCUGUAAGACUCAAAUCAGGGUUUCUUUUCCAGCUUGUCUUUUAUUAUGGGUAUGAAAGGAAAUACAGCUGACCCUUGAACAACAUGGGUUUGAAUUGUGAGGGUCCAUUUAUUUGCGGAUUCUUUUUGAGACCGUGUGGAGAGUUGGUGUACCUAAUUCUUGCUUUUGUUCAGCGAUCAACUCUAAUUGGAUAGAAUUUUUUUUUUUUUUUUUAAACUUUUGGUCACCCCAUGAUGUAUGGAAAUCCCAGGCCAGGGAUCAGAUGCAAGCCGCAGUUGCAGCAGGGCCGGAUCCUUUAACCCACUUUGCCAGGCUGGGGAUCGAACCUGUGUCCUGCCACUGCAGAGACGCUGCUGGUCCCAGAGCGCCCACUGUGAGCACUCUGGAUAGAAUUUUUAAACAAAGUAUUCUGUAAGCUUAUUCUUUAUCUGACUCUGCCAGUGUACAUAAAUGUCUGUUAAAAUGACCUGUUCGUGUUGGUCGUGUUUUCUUAAACUUUUGAAUUAGCAACAUUGUGGUGGAUGCUGUCACUUCAUAUCCAACAUGAUAAUGAUUUCUUCAUUAAAUUGUAUACAGCUCCAUUGUUUUGAGAUCCGAGUUUCAUUUCAGAAUCUAUGUUUUGAUCCUUAUUGGUUUGUUUUGUUACUGUUUUUUUGCUUUUUAAUUAAAGCGCAUCAAUAUUAAAGUGUUAACUGUAUGUCAAAAAUGAUAUGGAACUCCUUUUGGCAAAUAUUUAUUUAAAAUUUACAUCAGCUUAAAACCUUUUGUCCACCUUGCUUUUUGGGGGGCUUACUGCUUCCUUUUUAAUCCAUGAAAAAGAUAUUUUCUGUUGAAUAAGAGUACUCCAACUGUAUUUAUGAGUGAUGUGCUUGAAGGGAGCAUAAUAGGGCAGAAUACAAUUAUAAUGAAACAUUCUCAUUCUUAGAGCCAUGCAUUGACUAUUAAAUACAUUUUUAUAUCAGCAGAAUGAGAAUUUAAACUCUCAACUAGUUUAACUAUUAAAACAUGGUAUCGUUGAGCAAUUUUGGGGGGGUAGCUUUUUGUUCUGUCUUGUACAGAAAACAAGAAUAGAGUCAUUUAAUAUGUUUCAGAACUGUAUAAAUAUAUCUGUAACAUUAGUACUUUCUUUUAAGGCAAAUAUAAAUUCAAAAGGGGAGAUUUUAUGGAGGGAAACAGUUCUAAUUAAGAUGGUUUUCCUUCACUCUAAUAUUUAGAUUAGAAACUCACUGUAAAAUAAUGCCAGCCUCUAUAAUGCUGUAAUAAAUUAUUUUGCACACA